AGACUGCAGACAUGAUACAAGAGAUGGUCAGAGACUGCAGACAUGAUAUAUGAGAUGGUCAGAGACUGCAGACAUGAUACAAGAGACAGUCAGAGAAUGCAGACAUGAUACAAGAGAUGGUCAGAGACUGCGGACAUGAUACAAGAGAUGGUCAGAGACUGCGGACAUGAUACAAGAGAUGGUCAGAGACUGCGGACAUGAUACAAGAGAUGGUCAGAGACUGCGGACAGUGAUACAAGAGAUGGUCAGAGACUGCGGACAUGAUACAAGAGAU